AUGGCGGUCGACUUCUCCGCAGAAGAGGCUGCCACCCUCAAGCGCUGGCGAGAGAUUGACGCUUUUCAAACCCAACUGCGGCUGUCCAAGGGCAACAAGCCUUACACUUUCUACGACGGUCCACCCUUCGCCACCGGACUCCCCCAUUAUGGCCACCUGCUGGCGUCCACCAUCAAAGACAUCAUCCCGAGGUACUGGACUAUGAAAGGGUACCAUGUGGAGCGGAGAUUUGGCUGGGAUACCCACGGCUUGCCGAUUGAGUACGAGAUUGACAAGAAGUUCAACAUCUCCGGCCCCGCGGCGGUGAAAGAGAUGGGGAUCGCAAAAUACAACGCAGAAUGCAAGGCCAUUGUCAUGAGAUAUGCGUCCGAGUGGAGGGAGACCAUUGACCGACUCGGGCGGUGGAUCGAUUUCGAUAACGACUACAAGACCAUGGACCCGACCUUUAUGGAAUCGGUCUGGUGGGUGUUCAAGCAGUUGUUUGACCAGGGCCAGGUGUACCGCAGUUACAGAGUCAUGCCAUUCUCCACCGCCUUGAGCACACCUCUGAGUCAGCAUGAGGCGCAGUCCAACUACAAGGAGGCCCAAGAUCCCACCGUGGUCGUUGCGUUUCCGCUGGUGGAUGAUCCCAAGACCAGCUUGCUGGCGUGGACGACCACACCCUGGACUCUUCCCGCCAACCUUGCUCUGGCCGUGAACGCCGAUUUCGACUACGUCAAGAUCCUGGACGAUGAAUCCGGACAGCAAUACAUCCUGCUAGAGCAGCUUCUGCGGACACUGUACAAAGACCCGAAGAAGGCCAAGUUCAAGAUCCUAGACCGGAUCAAGGGUUCGGAUCUCAAGGGAAAGCAGUAUGUGCCCCUCUUCAACUACUUCUACGAUGAGUUCAAGGACCGCGCUUUCCGGGUCUUGAAUGCCGCGUACGUGACGGGCGAAGACGGUACCGGUAUCGUUUCCCAGGCGCCUGCUUUCGGUGAAGAAGACUUCCGCGUCUGUUUGGAGAGCGGUAUCAUCAGCCACGACAGACUUCCGCCAAAUCCGGUGGAUGAAACAGGCCGCAUCACCAAAGAGGUGACGGACUUUGCCGGUCAGUAUGUCAAGGAAGCAGACAAACACGUUAUCAAAUACCUGAAGGGGACGGGAAGACUAGUCCGGGAAAGCCAGUUGACCCAUCAGUAUCCUUUCUGUUGGCGGUCCGACACACCUUUGAUCUAUCGCGCCGUGUCUGGAUGGUUUGUCAACAUUGCAGGGAACGACAAGGUGCCAAGUAUCAUUCCUCAGAUGCUGGAGGGCAUUGCCGCUUCACAUUGGGUGCCGAAUUUCGUCAAGGAGAAGCGGUUCGCUGACUGGAUCAAAAAUGCCCGUGACUGGAACAUUUCGAGAAAUCGCUACUGGGGCACGCCCAUUCCCCUCUGGGCCAGCGAGGACUACUCCGAAGUCAUUGCCAUCGGUAGCAUUGAGGAGCUGAAGAAGCUGAGUGGCUACGAAGGUGAGAUCACUGAUCUCCACCGAGACAGUGUCGACCACAUUACUAUUCCCAGCCAGAAGGGGAACGGGACUCUCCGCCGCGUGGAGGAGGUCUUUGAUUGUUGGUUCGAGUCGGGAAGUAUGCCGUACGCCCAGUCGCAUUAUCCCUUCGAAAACCGGGAUCUCUUUGACCGGACGUUUCCAGGCGACUUCAUCGCCGAAGGUCUUGAUCAGACUCGAGGCUGGUUCUACACUCUGGUCAUUCUCGGGAUCCAUCUGAAGAAGAUCCUGCCAUUCAAGAACUGUGUUGUCAACGGCAUUGUGCUUGCGGAAGACGGCAAGAAGAUGUCGAAGCGUCUAAAGAACUACCCGGAUCCGACCACCGUCAUCGACAAAUAUGGUGCCGACGCUCUUCGUCUGUAUAUGAUCAACUCGCCUGUCGUGCGGGCCGAGUCCUUGAGGUUCAAAGAGGCCGGGGUCAAGGAGAUCGUGGCAAAAGUGCUUCUGCCGCUGUGGAACAGCUACAAGUUCUUCGAUGCCCAAGUAGAGCUGUUGAAGAAGGUGGAAGGCAUCGACUACGUCUUCGACCCCAAGGCCGAAGCCACAAACACCAACGUCAUGGACAAAUGGAUCUUGGCCAGCUGUCAGAGUUUGCUCAAGUACAUCAACGAGGAAAUGGCCGCGUAUCGUCUGUACACCGUGGUGCCUGGCCUGCUCAAUUUGAUCGACGAGACCACGAAUUGGUACAUCCGAUUCAACCGAAAGCGACUGAAGGGCGAGCUGGGGUUGGACGACACCCUGCAUGCCCUCAACUCCUUGUUUGACGUUUUGUUCACCCUCGUCCGGGGACUGGCUCCUUUCACGCCGUUUAUUGCCGACCUUAUCUACACGAAACUUCUGCCUUACAUUCCGAAAUCCAUGCACAGCCAAGACAUGCGCAGUGUUCACUUCCUGUCGUUCCCCGAAGUCCGCCAAGAACUGUUUGACCCGGUUGUAGAGCGACGCGUCGCGCGAAUGCAAAAGGUCAUUGAGCUUGCUCGACAGUCGCGGGAGCGGAAGUCGAUCGGCCUGAAGACGCCAUUGAAGACGCUGGUGGUGAUCCACAAGGAUCAGCAGUAUCUCGACGAUGUAAAGUCGUUGGAGGGAUACAUCACGGAAGAGUUGAACGUGCGAGACUUGGUCUUGUCAUCCGACGAGGAGAAAUACAAUGUGCAAUACAGCGUGACGGCAGACUGGCCGGUGCUGGGCAAGAAAUUGAAGAAGGACGUGCAGAAGGUCAAGAAAGCUCUGCCGGACGUGACGACCCAUGACUGCAAGGCGUAUCUCACGGACAAGAAGAUCACCGUGGCCGGCAUCGAGUUGGUCGAGGGCGACCUCGUGGUCCGCCGGGCUCUCAAGGAAGACGAGAAUUCCAAGGACCAAGAGACAAACACCGACAAUGACGUGCUGACCAUUCUCGACGUGGCCAUCUACCCGGAACUGGCGCAGGAAGGCCUCGCGCGCGAAAUCAUCAACCGCGUGCAACAGUUGCGCAAGAAGGCCAACUUGAAACCCACCGACGACGUCAAGAUGGAGUACCGCGUGCAGGAGGACCCCGACCACAUCGGCAUCGAGAAGGUGUUUGAAGAGCAGGGCCAAUACAUCGAGAAGGCACUGAGGCGGCCCGUCGACAAACACGUCGUCACCGAGUUUGACGGACCGGUGACGAAUGGAGGCAAGGACAAGGACGACAUCAUCACCGAGGAGGUGCAAGAGGUGCAGAAGGCAACGUUCCUGUUGAGAUUGCUUAAGAUCUAA